AUGUUAAAUCUUAUCAUUUUAUUGAACAUUGAAACACAACAACAACAAACAAUGAAUCACUUGACAAAUGUCCAUAUUGUAACUAAAUGGUCUACUAAUAAUAAUAUUAGAAACAAAAUUGAUGUUUAUUACAUAUCAGUUAAUGAUUAUCACCAUGAUAAUAAUGUUGUCAGCUUAGUAACUAACUAUCAUAAUGACUAG